AUGCCACCCUCAAUCUCUGAAAUUUCACUGCCUGUCGAGCCCCAGCUGUCGGCCAAGUCGAAGUUGCGUUGCAGGACCGAAAUCAUCCUGAGAGUCAACAGUGCUACGUCCGCUAAACUCGUCCAUUUGACGCAGUUCACAAUCUUCCCCAAGUUGCCUGGAGAGUUGCAAUUUCUGGUCUGGCAGAACGCAAUUUUUCCACGUGUCGUCACCCUCAAGCCAGGAAAACCACAACUUCCUGCGCUACUGCAUGCCUGUCACGAUUCUCGUAGAGAGUGCAUUUUGGCAGGAUAUCAAUUUUGGAUCCGGGAUAUGAAUACGGGCUUUGUCAUAUCUCCUUGGCAAGAUAUCCUGCUUCUCGACAAGACCUCAUUCGCCGACUCGAUGAGCUAUCACACCCACUCGAUCCAUACUUUGAGAUGCAAAUCAAUCAAGCGUUCUAUGUUCAAAUCGAUUGAAAGACUGGCCUUUAGUGUUGACGAGAUCGUACGAAUCUGGAAGCUAGAAUGUAUUCACUGCUUCUUCGUUGGCACACUUCGGGACUGGUUCCCCCAAGUCGUGGAGGUCAUUAUUCUUCUCCGCCUUGGUCCUCUCGGCUCCACCUACGAUGACUUGUACGAGGUCACUAACAGCACAUCCAAGAUUCUGGAUAACCACAUCCGUGACAUCACAAAACAGUUCAAGCAUGCUCAGGAUUGUGGUUUUUGCAAGGGCGUUGAGUUGAAGUUCAUGAGAAACGAGAAGUGGAUCACCUAA